AUGGAGCAGGAUGAAGACAGUCAUCAACAACUAUCAACAGUGUCUCUACCAAGAUCAGGACGUCCCUCCAAGACCGAUGAGAAGAAAAAGAUCAAACUGGUCGGGGAGGCCAUCAAGAGGCCUAUAGUAACACUUCAGGGGCUGCAGGUUUUCCUGGCAAGUACAUCUCAGUCAUCAAAAACUGACAAGGAGGAGGAGGUGGAGGAUAAGGUGGACAACAACUUGCUGGUGCCCUCUGUUUCUUCAGACCAAGGAUUUGUAUACGUUGAUGAAAAAUAUCAGAUUGGAGAGCAGCUAGCCAAUGGGGGCCUAGGAACCAUCUUUGAAGGCAUCAGAAAAUCUGACAAGCAGCGGGUUGCAUUAAAAGUUGUUGAAAAGAAUGGUGAAACAAUGAUACUGCCUGAUGAACCAGACCCCAUCCCACUUGAAGUAGGACUGAUGAAGCUCGUCUCCAGGCACCCAGCAUGCCCACAAGUCAUCCAGUUGCUAGACUGGUGUGAAACAGACACCCAUGUGGUCCUUGUGCUGGAGAGGCCCGAGCUGUGCCAGAACCUGCACACGUUUAUCAAGCAGCGGGGCAGAAUCGGGGAGCCCCUCGCGCGUCACUUCUGCUAUCAGCUUGUCAGAGCCCUUCAGCACUGCGAGUCUCGGGAAGUAUUUCACAGAGAUGUUAAGCCGUCAAACAUACUGGUUCUGUUGACUACCAAUGAAAUAAAAUUAAUUGAUUUUGGGUGUGGUGACCUGCAUGAAGAAACUGCUUAUGAAGAGUUUUGUGGCACAAAAGCAUAUGCACCACCUGAAUGCCUGAAGAAUCAUGGGUACUACUCCUCCCCAACAACUGUCUGGACCUUGGGUUUGACUCUUGCCUUCAUUGUGAGUGGCCACUUGCCCUUCGAGCCAGGAAAGAACGAAUGUAUUUUCAUUCCCAGUCAUGUUUCCCAAGAGCUGCAGGAUCUUCUUUGUUGGUGUCUUUGCUACGAACCGGAGGAUAGACCAGGACUAGAGGAAAUCCUCCUGCAUCCCUGGAUGAAUGAAAAGUGACCUUAGGAACUUGGGACUAUCAUGUGAUAAGAAUUCCAGAAGCGUCCUAUCAGUAACAGGGGAGUAUUCUGGAAUCUUCUGACUCAGCCACAUUCUACUUACAGCAGUGUGUUCAGCAACACCAGUUAGUGCAUCAAAUGGGUGACAUAAAGAAAAUGGAAUAACAAGACACAGAAAUUGAGCCGUAAUGGAAAAGGAAAGAGAUGAGGUCAAAUUGCUAUAGAGGAGGACAAAUAAUGUGUUUUGAAAAUGUCAGGAUAUUUAAUGAACAUGACAAUAACAGGAGGAACAAGCAAACAAGUCACUGAUGAAGGUUAAUGGCAAGCUUAUGCAGGCUGACGUUAAUGGCUGAGGGAAGAGUGGAGGAGUGGUAGAUCUGUAGUUUAUUAGACCUAAACAUAGCUUUUGAAGGGAAACAUCAAGAAUCCCACGAUGCACUAAUAGUAGAAGUAAAUAAACUUUCAUACAAAGUGGACAAUAUGGGAUUACUGUAAUUUAAAACACACAA